AUGAGCCGACCGUCGGCAAAGCUCUGCGCAGACUGCCUCCCAGGUGUGCUGCGGCAGUCUCGCGCCUCGCGGUCUGCCGCACCGCUGCGGGGCGUCGCUCGCGAGAGGUCAUAUACUACUAUCCAGCGGAGGGAGUUCUCUCCUGCUGGGGCGAGCAGCACUCGAGUCACGCCGGGUCCUGUGUCUACUGGCCGGAUCGUAGGCUCUCGCCUGCCAAUGCGAUCUGGGCAGAGGGGGCGGGGUCUGGCCACUCCCAGUAGCGGAGCCACGGCUCAAAAGCGCGCGGCGGAGAAGGAAUCGUCGGGACCGCCGCAGGAAGGACCGUUGAAGGAGUAUGAUAUCAGGGUGCAGGAGGGUCGGCUGCGGGAUGACCCGUAUCAGAGAGGAAUCAUUCAAAACCUGCAAGACCUCUUCGAAGCGCUGAAAGACUACCACCCGCCUCAAGUCGUCCACCCCAGUAUCGAAUCCCUGGACCCACAGCCGAAGCAGUCCUUCUUCGGCACUCUCUUCGGCCGUGGUGCUGCCGCGAAGGCAGCAACCUCGAAUGUCCCAGAGAAUCUCCCCAAGGGCUUGUAUAUGUAUGGCGAUGUGGGGUGUGGAAAGACCAUGCUGAUGGAUCUGUUCUUUGACACGCUGCCGUCCAAUAUCCAGACCAAGACACGCAUUCAUUUCCAUAAUUUCAUGCAGGAUGUACAUAAGCGCAUGCAUGUGGUGAAGAUGAAGUAUGGCAAUGACUUCGAUGCGUUGCCGCUUGUUGCGGCGGAUAUCGCCGAGACAGCGAGUGUGCUGUGCUUCGAUGAGUUCCAGUGUACUGAUGUCGCCGAUGCGAUGAUAUUGCGGAGACUUCUUGAGUCUCUCAUGUCCCACGGCGUCGUCCUCGUCACCACCUCCAACCGUCACCCCGACGACCUGUAUAAAAAUGGCAUUCAGCGCGAGUCUUUUAUUCCCUGCAUCAACCUCCUCAAAACCGAUCUCAACGUCAUCAACCUCAAUUCCCCUACGGACUACCGCAAAAUUCCCCGCCCCCCAGCCGCAGUCUACCACCACCCUCUGGGCCCAGAGGCCACGCAGCACGCCCAGAAGUGGUUCGACUUCCUAGGCGAUCCAAUCAAUGAACCCCCACACGCAGAUACCCAGGUUGUCUGGGGCCGCACGAUCAAAGUCCCGCUUGCCAGCGGCAAGGCGGCGCAGUUCACCUUCAAUCAGCUCAUUGGCACUGCCACCGGCGCCGCCGAUUAUCUUGAACUGGUGCGGCACUACGACGCGUUCAUCGUCACCGACGUCCCUGGCAUGAAUCACAACCAGCGUGACCUGGCCCGCCGUUUCAUCACCUUCAUUGAUGCGGUCUACGAAAGCAGGGCCAAACUCGUGCUCACCACCGAGGUUCCCCUCACGAACCUCUUCCUCUCCGAGUCCGACGUCAAAGACUCGCUCCAGAAGUCCGGCGACGACCACUCUGACCUGUCUGAUGCCAUGCGUAACCUCAUGGACGAUCUCGGCAUGUCCGUCCAAGCCCUCAAGAACACCUCCAUCUUCAGCGGUGAUGAGGAGCGCUUCGCCUUCGCCCGUGCGCUGUCCCGUCUCUCUGAGAUGGGCAGCAAGGAGUGGGUUGAGCGUGGGCUGGGCGUGGGCAAGUCCGCUGUCGAGGGGAAGGAGGAGCGCGAUGCUUGGCUGAAGACUAGGAGUCAUUGGAGCGAGGAUAACAUGUAG